AUGAAAGCUUUCAAAGAUGGUAUUUCGAACCUAACUAAGGGUUGGAGCAGUCCCGAGCGAAGGCGUUCCAACUCUUAUUCGCAACAAGAAAGUAGCGUCACGAAAGGUUGGGGCCUUGCUGAUGAAGAGGAUAUUCUUCCACAAGUAACAUUACGUGGGUACGCAGAAACUACAAAGAGCCGUCUGCUGACUACCGAGAUAUGUGAUGAAAUAAGAAACUUGAUGCCGACGAGAGUGCAGCUAUACCCUGAUUGGCACUUAUUAUACAGUUUACAACAGCACGGCGCUUCAUUGCAUUCAUUAUAUGACCAUGUUGCUCCCGAGAGCAAAAAUCCUGGCCGUGUGGGAUAUGUACUGCUGAUAGAAGAUCGCAGGGGCGGGCUUUUUGGAGCAUAUUGUAAUGAGCCGUUCAGGCUGUCAGAAAGCAAACGGUACUACGGAAACGGCGAAUGCUUCCUGUGGAAACUAGAAAAAGUUGCGAACAUUAAUCUUGGCGAUGAUGCAAAGAAUUUGGCCGACGAUUCUGCUCAUAGGUGGCGUUUCAAGGGAUUUCCUUACACAGGUGUAAACGAAUUUGUCAUUUACAGCACAAGCCACUUUUUCUCAAUGGGUGCCGGAGAUGGCCAUUACGGGUUAUGGUGCGAUGAUGGGCUCAUGAAUGGAGUCUCAGAUCCGAGUCUCACCUUUGGGAACGAAGUUUUAAGCCGCGAGGGAAGCAAGUUUCAUAUAGUAAACCUAGAAGUAUGGAGAGUGGGCUAA